AUGUUCAAGAGCGGACUUCUCAAAGCUGUCCGCCCAUCGGUGGCAGCAGCAUCGCGCAAUGCCCUUCGCCCAGCUGCUCGCACCGGCCUGAAGGCCUCUGCUGCGCGCUUUGCCAGCACUGACGCGUCAUCCCACGGCAAGAUUCAUCAGGUCAUUGGUGCCGUUGUUGAUGUCAAGUUUGACACCGACAAGCUUCCCCCGAUUCUCAACGCUCUGGAGACACAAAAUGGUGACCAGAGACUCGUCCUCGAGGUCGCUCAACAUUUGGGAGAGAACGUUGUUCGUUGUAUUGCUAUGGAUGGUACCGAGGGUCUCGUCCGUGGUCACCGUGCAACCGAUACCGGCAACCCCAUCAUGGUUCCAGUCGGUCCCGAGACUCUUGGUCGCAUCAUGAACGUCACUGGUGACCCCAUUGACGAGCGUGGUCCGAUCAAGACCGCCAAGCGUGCUUCCAUCCACGCUGACGCUCCCCCUUUCACCGAGCAGUCCACUAGCGCCGAGGUCCUUGUUACUGGUAUCAAGGUCGUCGAUCUCCUCGCUCCCUACGCUCGUGGUGGAAAGAUUGGUCUCUUCGGAGGUGCCGGUGUCGGAAAGACUGUCUUCAUUCAGGAGCUGAUUAACAACAUCGCCAAGGCCCACGGUGGUUACUCUGUCUUCACUGGUGUCGGAGAGCGUACCCGUGAGGGUAACGAUCUGUACCACGAGAUGCAGGAGACCAAGGUCAUCAACCUUGAGGGAGAGUCCAAGGUCGCCUUGGUCUUCGGUCAGAUGAACGAGCCCCCGGGAGCCCGUGCCCGUGUCGCCCUUACCGGUCUCACUGUCGCUGAGUACUUCCGUGAUGUUGAGGGACAGGAUGUGCUCCUCUUCAUUGACAACAUUUUCCGCUUCACCCAGGCCGGUUCCGAGGUGUCUGCUCUGCUUGGUCGUAUCCCAUCUGCCGUCGGUUACCAGCCAACCCUCGCCGUAGACAUGGGUCUCAUGCAAGAGCGUAUUACCACCACCACCAAGGGUUCCAUUACCUCCGUCCAGGCCGUCUACGUGCCUGCUGAUGAUUUGACUGAUCCCGCCCCCGCCUCCACCUUCGCCCAUUUGGAUUCCACGACUGUGCUGUCACGUGGUAUCUCUGAGCUUGGUAUCUACCCUGCCGUCGAUCCCCUUGACUCCAAGUCCCGUAUGUUGGAUCCCCGUGUCAUCGGACAGGACCACUACGACACCGCCACCAAGGUCCAGCAGAUGCUCCAGGAGUACAAGUCCCUCCAGGACAUCAUCGCCAUUCUCGGAAUGGAUGAGCUGUCUGAGGCUGACAAGCUUACCGUGGAGCGUGCCCGCAAGGUCCAGCGUUUCCUGUCUCAACCCUUCGCCGUCGCUGAGGUUUUCACUGGUAUCCAGGGUACCCUCGUCGACCUCCCCAAGACCAUUGAUUCGUUCAAGCGCAUCAUGGCUGGUGAGGGUGACAACCUUCCCGAGAACGCUUUCUACAUGGUGGGAGACUUUGAGUCUGCGCGCGCCAAGGGAGAGAAGAUUUUGGCUGAUCUUGAGAAGUCCGACUAG